AGUGGGACACUGCACCAGGUUGAGGAUGCCGGAUACCGUAGUUAUUUAUAAACUUUACAUUUCAAUGCUUCCGCCUCUACGUAAGCGUUUUUCAUAACUUUCGAAUGUUUCAUUAAUAUCAAGACAAUUCUGACAAUACUGACAUCGCCUUAUAGUGUGGUUGAGCUAUUGGCAAACUGGGUUCCACUAUCUCUUAAUAAAUCGUUGACGAUUUCCAUGACUCAGUUGUGAUUUUCGACAUUGUUACUAUUCAUACAAGAUGGCCCUCAUAGAAGGAAACCGUAUAAAAAUCAACGUAUCAGCACCCGGUAAACUUAUUCUGUUCGGUGAACACAGCGUUGUCUAUGGCAAAACAGCUCUAGCAGCAAGUAUCGAUCGAAGAACUACUUUGGAAUUGUGUGAGAAGAUUGAUAACCAUAUAAAAAUAACAAUGAACAAGAUAGAUUUGAAUGUUACUUUGAAUUUCAGUGAUGUACUGAAUAUUGUGCAGGAGACAGUGUCUGAAACCGACCACGACAUUUAUGCACGAUCGAUAUUGGACAGGAUGUCACGUGUAGUGGAUGUGUCCAAUCUCACAGACCAGCAGAAAUCGUCCUUGCUGGUGUUCAUACUUUUGUUACACCUAAUUUUCCAUGCCAACUCAAAUUUGCUGCAGCCGUUCACUAUAGAAGUAGACUCUGAACUUACCCUGGGAGCUGGAACAGGAAGCUCGGCGUCCUAUUGUGUGUGUGUUUCGGCAGCUUUAUUACACUACAAAAAUCUGAAACUGUCUUCUGAUUUCAACAAAAAAAGCUUCUCACCGGAAUACUACAAUAAGAUCAAUGAGUUCGCUUACGCUGGGGAGCGUAUACUGCAUGGAAGACCCUCAGGAUUGGAUAAUACAGUUUGUGUGAAUGGUUCAUUUGUAGAGAUGAAUCGUAGUGGAACAAGCAAAUUCGUAGUUUUAGAAAACGCUCCUCUGAUUGACUUGAUUCUUAUCAACUCAGGCGUGCCUAGGAACACAUCUCAACUGGUGCAGAAAGUGGCUGCAUUGAAAAAACGUAAUCCAAGUGCUGUGGAUAAUAUUUUAAAUGCAAUGGAUGAUGUAAGUAAGACUGCUUCGGUUGUUUUGAAAAAGAUCGGCGUGUGUCAAAGGAGUUCCGCGCCUUUUGAUGAAGAUUUUCAGCGACUUGAGGAGCUGAUAGUCAUGAAUCAAGGUCUCUUGAGUUCUCUGGGUGUUUCACACAGGUCUUUGGACGAUAUCUGCAUGAUUUGCAACGAGCAUGGUUUGAAAGCGAAAUUGACCGGGGCAGGGGGAGGGGGGUUUGCGUUUACCAUACUUCCUCCUAAUUUCGAUGAGGGUAAACUGAACGCUUGCCUAGAAAAACUCAAGUCUCAUAGCUACCAGUGUUCUCGAGUAGUAUUAGGUGGAGAACGUGUUUGUAUUGAAUCUUCUUUGUAUUAAGGAGAGGUUCACUAACGCUGCGUUUACACCAAACUUGUCCACAAAUAGUUUUCUCAAAAUGUUGCUCCUCUGAAAUUAUAGCUACAAGUAGACGAUUUUUGUAUAGACAAGUUGCUGUUCUCAAAAUAAUGUAGAGCAAAAAAGUGGAAAACUUGUUGCCAAAGAAUUGGGCGGUCGAAUUAGGCUGUAGAAUAGAAUAUUACGUGACAAUUUUUUUUUAUAUACACCAGAGUUGUCAACAAAUUGUUGCAAAUUCCUUAGAAAGUACAGCAUCAUUUUUUCGUCAACUUCUUUAGAAAUCUUUGUUUUCAACAAAGUUUUUGUCUCUUACUCAGUGUAGGAAACACUGCAAAAGUUUCCAACAAAAUGUUCCCCUCUACAAGUCGACGCCUAAUACGUAAAAAAUUGACAACUUUUGUUGCUCUGCAUUUCAGAACAACUUGUUUUCUUAAAAAAAUUGACAACAUUUUUGUAAAAAUUAUUUUUAAACUACAUUUCACGACACUGAGUGGGAAACAAAAGUUUUGUUGAAGACAAGGAUUUCCAUAAGUUGACGACAAAAUGUUGCUAUGCUUUUUAAUAAAUUGGCAACAAAUUGAAUCAAUGUGUUGAAAACUUAUUUGACAACUCUGGUGUAAACGCGGCUUGAAGUCGUAUAAAUUAAUUGAUUAAUCUAGUUUAAUUAGUUCUUUCAUAGGCAAAGUACCGGUUGCACAAACGCUUGUUAAAUUUCAAUCGUGAUUAAAUUCCAUGAUAACCAAUCCGAGAAGCCUUCUUUUCAAAAAAGUCUAUGAUUGGUUCUAUGUAAUUUAAUCAUGAUUGAAAUUUAACAGGCUUUUGUGCAACCGUUCCGUAUUAGUUCCUUCAAAGCUCUUAAUCUAUGAUAUUGUGCUUUUAUCAUACAAAGCUCAAAUUUUUAGAAUGUUCAUUCUAAACCAAUAAUAUAACAAAACAAUAUGUACUAAAUAGAUAUAAUAAAGAUAAAUUUAUUUUUUAUAAUAUUAUUAUGUAUGACAUGAUGGUAGGCUUAGAAUUUUUGACUCAAGGUUAUUGAAAUUCUACUUCGAUUAAACCUUACAUGGUGUAUUACAGAAGAUAAUUCAAAAUAUUAUCAAGUUAAUCAGCGAAUAAUCAAAUUUUGACUGAUAAUGAUUAUAUAUGUUUGCCUUUAAUUAAAUCCGUCUUUAUAUUAAAAUAACUGCUCUAAAAAAGUGAGUAGCUAUAGCCAGUCCUCCCAUAGUAGUACCAUAAAUGAAUUAUAUUGCAAUAUCAAAGAUCAAGGGAAGCAUAGUCUACAUAUCUACAUAAUUGAAACUUACUUUAGGCUACGGUAUAGUGACGGAAUUUUAUAUAAACGAGCGGCCUUAAUGAAUGUAUGGUUAUAUCCAUAUUAUUUUUACACUGAAUUGUAAAUAAAAUAAGUAAUGUAUCAUCAAUGCAGUGAAAAUUAUGACACAAUAAAUUUGCUAAGACUUUCAGCCUAUGAAAAUUGAAGUAGAUUUUAUGUGAAGAGAUGAGUGCUUAUCAAAUAAUUAUAUAUAU